AUGUCGCAGCAUGUGCCGCCGCGUGGCCUGGCCUCAUCUUCCGAAGCAUACUCGAACCCAGACAUUGAUGCUGAUGCUGGUGCUGGAGCUGGAGCUGGAGCUGGUAUUGGUGCUGGUGCUAGUGUCGGCGUCGGUUCCGGGACGCCUCUGACUGCCGAUACUCUAACUGGACCCGGACAACACUGGGACUCGCCCUCGUCUCAUGCCUCUCAAAUAUCCUCUUCCCCUCGAUUACAAACCUCCUUCGGCGACUUUCCCACGAGUGCGUCGACUGGACGCUUGAUCAACGUGCCCUCGCUCGCAGGUCUGGGCUCGCUACCGUAUCCAGGUCAAAGACUAAACUAUCCAAGUCUUUCGAAUGAUCGUCGAAGCGUUUCCGACUCUGUGACAUUGAAGCCUGUGCCAGGCCCCCCAAAGGCUGGCAGACCGGUCAUGGCUGCCACAAUCGCCACAACUCCGACGGAAGUGGCUAAAGGGGGACCCCGAAAUUCCUCAAUGGACACCGCAAUCUCCGCGAUUUCAUCCAAACAAGGCUCUCCUAGCCAGGGUGGUCUACAGGAUGCGUCCAACGCUUCAGAUAUUACUGACCUUAUCAAAACAGCGGGCACUCCAGAAGCCGUUAUACAAUACCUUUUGAAGGAAAAGAGUUCCCAGUCACAACAGAACAGCCAAUUAUGGAGACUAGUCGACAAGCAGCGAGGCAUGAUCUUGGGCCUGAACAAAGAUCUCGAGGCGGCCUUGAAAGACAAAGAAAAGUACAGAAGGAAACUCAAAGAAAUUAUGACCAGCGCAGCCAUAAUAAAGGCCGCAUCUGGGCAACAAGCUGAAACGUUUGGCGUCGACAAAUACCAGGGUACGAUUUCGCCACGUAGUCCAAAGCCGCAUCCCAGGGUUCAAACAAACGGACCACCGGUCUCUCCAUCGCUCGACGCAGACAGUCCAAAGGACUUUCCCUUUGAUAUGCCCAUGGCACCUUAUCCGAUUACCCCUCCAGCCGACAGACCGCUCACCUCGCCAACUGCAGUCAGCGAAUUGCUCGAACCCAAGCCUGCUAUGCCGAAGCCACAAGACCAUGCGUCGGACAAGUUUGAUCAUGAAGUAGACGACAAAGUUUGCGAUAGAAUUUGGAAAGAAAAGAACGAGAAACAUCUUGGGGACAUUUCGUACAAUGCCUCCCUACAGCCGUCCCGAAGCUGUCCGAGCGAACCACCCAAGAUUCCACCACCCAAGAUACCAACAGCUGCUCCAUCCUUGACUGUUACUGAGCCCUUGCCGCAACCAGACCAUGGGCUUGGCCAGUUUCCUUCCCCUCCGCGGAAGCCACCGCCGGCACCUCUGCAGUUGAAGAAGCAACCCGUUGGACGAAAUCUGGCGGCCGCUGCCGAGGAUGACAGCGACUCUGAUUACGAUCACAUUUUCGAGGUUGAUGAGAUGGUCUCUGAAACCCGAGGGCGACGCAAAACCAGAGAAGAGGACGACAAAGAACGUCAAGCCGCUGCUUCGAGAAAUACUCAAGGGCGAAGUACCUCCAAACCCUCUUCAGAAAGCUCUGUCAAGUGCACAGUCCUGCCUGCCAGCCCUGCAUCCCGACCCACGGCCCAAGAGCACGACAAGUCCACUUCCAUAAAUGCUUUGCUGCUUGCUGAGAAGAGAAUCGACAUCGCGGCACCUCUUCGUAGCCCCGGGCUGCCAGCUAGUCCUCGCCCACUUGGCAACAUUUCGCAUUCGGCUUCUGCACCUGUGUCUGCGAGACUGGCUGGCGCACCGGCUCCUUUGUCGUCUCGAGCACCACGACAAGCCAUCAUUAUGCCUCCGACCACACCGUUGAUAUCGCCACCACCUCUCAGCUCGGCUGGCUCCUCGUCUACUCCGCCGCUCAACUCAGCGAAGCGCAGUGACGAAGCCAGCCAGCAUUCACCCACAGCACGCGCAAUGAUUCACAAGGGUCUUGUUACGGAGGAGUACCCGAAUCUUUUGUUGCCUCCCAACGCCCUACCAUCCAUCAAGAUCCAGGUAGCGUCUUCGCGGAUGAAACCGUCGAGAGCCAGUCUCAUAUCUCUGACUCAACUCGAGGAAGACCCUGUCUUUACGCUUGCUGUCAUUUCAAGGGCUCAUAGUAGUGAGCUCUGGAGAGUCGAGAAGGACAUUGCCUCACUUAGCAAACUGGACUCGAGGCUCAAGCAAUGUUCAGCUUAUACCGCCAAGACGCCGGACCGCGCACUAUUCACCGGUCACGCCCCGGCCAAGUUGGAUGCCCGACGGGUUGCUUUGGAAGAAUACAUGGUUGAGCUUCUCGACACGCCAUUCGACACAGCCACGGCGGUGGAGUUGUGCAAGUAUUUGUCGACAAACACCCUUCCACCAAACGCUGAUGAAACAGGAUCGUCUUUCCGUCCAAGUCCGGAAGGUAGCGGACUCAACAUUGGCGCAGACGGCCGACCACUUCGAAGCGGGUACUUGACAAAGAAGGGUAAGAACUUUGGAGGCUGGAAAGCCAGGUUCUUUGUCUUGGAAGGCCCGGAGCCAGAAUUCAAGUACUACGAGACCCCUGGGGGCGCGCAUCUCGGUACAAUCCGGCUUCGGAAUGCCCAUAUAGGCAAGCAAUCCCAUACACAAACCAACGAAAACCAGUCAUCAUCAGCACAGCCAAGCACGGGGGAAGACCUUGACAAUGAGUUCAGGCACGCGUUUCUCAUCAUGGAGCCCAAGAAGAGAGACUCGAGCGCCCAUGUUAAACACAUAUUGUGCGCUGAGAGUGACAAGGAGCGAGAUAUCUGGGUAGAUGUUCUUUUGCAGUGGAUAGAUUACCAAGAUGCAGACGAGGACAGACAACCGCUGCCCCCGAGCGCCAAGUCUCCUCAUGACCAACAGCCUUCUGGCCAUGAACAGACCAGCAGCGCCAGGUCAAAGAAGAGCCCCUCGAGCAGGACACAGCACAAACACGCAAACUCGGACACACUGAUCGGGGUCAGGUACGAUUCCACGCACGCUGGUGAAGCGCCGCAAAAGGGAUCUACGGCUCUUGCUGAGCAGCACAGCCCACAUAACCUCGCCGGGGAGACCAUGACCUCUCAAGCCAACAAGUUGAUCUCCGCACCCAAGGAUCCCCAAAUCAUUUCGGAUUCAUCUGUCUGGGGCAAUCGGGCAGGCCUGGCCGCUCCGACACACGACGAAAAGAAGCAGCGGAAGCGAAGCUUUUUCGGAUUCGGACCCAAGACUCGCACCUCUUCCGACGGGCAGGACUCGUUGUUCGGAGGCAGCGACGCCAGUUCUGCUUCCAAUGCCCCUCCCUCUCAUGGCCACCAAGGGCCUGUCCGUCAGGUAUUCGGAGCACCGUUGGCGGAGGCGGUCCGGUACAACCCGCCCGUUGACGUCAACGUGCCUCUGCCAUCCGUUGUCUAUCGAUGCAUACGAUAUCUUGACCACCAUAACGCAAUUAGCGAAGAGGGCAUCUUCCGACUGAGCGGAUCGAAUCUAGUCAUCAAACAGCUUCGCGAGCGAUUCAACGCCGAGAGUGAUGUCAACCUUGUUGCUGAUGAGCAGUAUCACGAUAUUCACGCGGUUGCAUCAUUGUUGAAGCUCUAUCUGCGAGAACUCCCAACUGCCAUACUCACAAGGGAUCUCCAUCUUCCCUUCCUGCACACCACUGAGAUCGCGGAUCGGAAUGAAAAGAUUGCGAAGAUGAAGGAACUGGGCCAAAGACUACCCCGGGCAAACGCGACCCUUUUGAAAUACUUGAUUGCGUUCCUGAUCCGGAUUAUAAACAACUCCGACGUCAAUAAGAUGACCGUCCGCAAUGUUGGUAUUGUGUUCUCGCCCACGCUCAACAUCCCCGCACAAGUGUUCGCCAUGUUCCUGCAGAACUACGAGGCCAUUUUCGGAAUCGACCCGGAAGAAUACCAGCUGCCACGUCCAAGCACAGAGGCGGAAUCGCAGGGACAGGCGGGCGCACCGCCUCAACGAUUGGAACCGACGCGCCCGUCGACGUCGUCCGGCGGUAGCGCUUCGCCGCACACCCAACCGCGGAUGGACCGCAGAAGAGAACCUUCCAGGUCGACACCGACGCCACCGCUGAUGUCCCACGUCCAGACUGCUCGAUCCACCCCCACACCACCCUUGACCGUACACGGAGGAGGGGCUUCAAGGCCGGCGUAUGAGAGCGGCUACGGCCUACCCAAUGGAGUCGACGGCCAUGGCCAUCACCCUCCGCCUAGAACUGCCGCCGGGUAUGAGCGGCCGAUGUACGCGGCGUCAAGCGACGAACAUGGCUCCAGUGAUGCGAAGAAAAGUGCCAAGGAAAGAAGACGAGAGAGUUUGGUUUAUAUGGGAGCAGUUUCGAGUUUACACCAUCAAGGAUCAAAGAGCCGCCUUCGUGAAGAAACUCGCCUCUUUUGA